UCCAGGAAAAAUCAGAUCCAGUACAGUAACUCAAAACUCGUUCCCCUCCCGGAUCUGGAAAAACCAAAAAAAAAAAGAAAAAAAUUCUGGAUCAGUAAAAAAAAAUUCUAAAAAUUCGAUCCCUAAAUUUUCAUAGGGUCGAAUUUGUAUAAUUCAUCAAUCAAUCAAUGGAUUCAUCAGAAGAUUCAACAAUGGAUGCAUCAAGUCUUCUACCUCUUGCUUCUGUUGCUCAACAACCAUAUGUUUCUGAACUUCUUUCGUUUACUCUUGAACGUCUUCAUAAGGAACCGGAGCUGCUACGAGUGGAUUCAGAGAGAAUUCGGAGGCAAAUGCAAGAAGUUGCAGUUGGGAAUUAUAGAGCGUUUAUUGCUGCUGCUGAUGCUUUAGUUGCGAUUCGCGAACAAGUUUCUGCUGUUGAUAAACAUCUUGAAGCCACGAUAAAUGAGAUUCCAAAGCUUACAUCCGGUUGCACGGAGUUCAUUGACUCUGCACAACAGAUUUUGGAGAAGAGAAAGCUGAAUCGAACAUUACUAGCAAACCACAGUACAUUGCUCGACUUGCUUGAAAUACCUCAGCUUAUGGACACAUGUGUAAGGAAUGGAAAUUAUGACGAGGCCCUGGAUUUGGAAGCCUUUGUUUGCAAACUGUCAACGAUGCAUCCGAAGCUACCUGUGAUUCAGGCACUAGCAGCGGAAGUUGCACAUACAACCGAAUCUCUUCUGUCUCAGCUUCUCCAAAAACUUCGGUCUAAUAUCCAGUUGCCCGAAUGUCUUCGUAUAAUUGGACAUUUACGCCGAAUAGGAGUAUUUACUGAGUCUGAAAUGCGUUUACAGUUUUUGAGAUGCAGAGAAUCGUGGCUUGCAGGCAUUCUUGAUGACUUAGACCAGAGAAAUGCGUAUGACUACUUAAAAGGGAUGGUGAACUGUUUUAGAAUGCAUCUAUUUGACGUUGUUAAUCAAUACAGAGCAAUUUUUGCUGACGAUAAAUCUGGAAGUGAGCAAAACUAUGAUGGUGGUCUUCUGUUUAGUUGGGCUAUGCAUCAAAUUACCUCUCUCCUCAAAACUCUUAAAACCAUGCUUCCGAAGAUUACCGAGGGUGGAUCACUGUCAAAUAUCUUAGAUCAGUGCAUGUAUUGUGCCAUGGGUCUUGGUUGGGUUGGACUGGAUUUUCGAGGCUUGCUUCCACCACUUUUUGAAGAUGCAGUACUCAACUUAUUCUCGAAGAAUAUGGCCACUGCUGUUGAGAAUUUUCAGGUAGUUUUAGAUUCACAUCGGUGGGUUGCUGCGCUACCAACAGGAUUUUCAACCAAUGGUCCAUCUGCGGAGAGUCAAGAGGAUGUGACUCCACCCUCUUAUUUAAUGGAGCAUCCACCUCUUGCCAUAUUUGUUAAUGGUGUCUCAGCCGCUACGAACGAAUUGCGGCCAUGUGCCCCAGUAAGCUUGAAACUUGUGGUGGCUCAGGAAGUUAUUAAGGGACUCCGGGCAGUUUCAGACUCCCUGAUGUUAUAUAAUGCUACAAGAAUGCUGAGACAGAACGAGUCACAGCUUUUUCUCUCACUCUGCCGCGCAUUCCUUGAGGUCGCAUAUCCGCAUUGUGCAACAUGCUUUGGUCGAUGUUAUCCUGGUGGAGCUGCCUUGAUCACGGAGUCAAAAAGUUUGUUUGAUGGAGUUAGCCAACUAUUAGCAGUCGCUCCUCCUCCCCCUCCUCCUGCUCCUACAAGGGAGCUUCCUAGAGUAGUUAAUGAGUCCGAAGAAAAGCAUGAUAGUCAAAAUAAUAGUGAUCCAGUUGCAGUAGAAAAUGGAGUCUCGUCAGAUGCUCAAGUAGAAGUUUCAGAACAGUCGGAGACACCUGAGGUGGAUGGAAGUGAACAGACUUCUACUCCUGCUGAAAACCAAGGAGAAGAAGCAUAAAUAUUCAUGUAAUUGAACUUUGUUAGCGUUAAUAUUUGAUCACCAUUUGUACCCUAUAGCAAUGUAGAUGAAGCCAUUCUCCACUUCCACAACGACGAACAAAUACAGAUUAUAAGCAUAUCCUGCACAUUUCUUGGUUAGGUUUUUCCUCCAAUAUUUUUGUUACCAUCAAACACGAUUAUUUUAUAUUUCGCCAUCUGUUAGAUUCAAGAGAGCAGAGAAGCGAAAAUGAUAUUUGAGUUCUGUAAUGUUCCCGCUAUAUAAAAUUGAACGAGAUCGAAAUAUCACAAUGUUCUUCUGUUAAUGUUAUACUGGUUAGAUUUUGUGGGAAUUACCACUAAUUAAAAGAUACUCCAAUAUCUA